AUGGCGGCCGCGCCUCCCCGCCGCCUUCCCCCGCGCCGCCACACCCCCCUCCCUCCGGCGCGGCUCUCGGCCAAUCAGCGGUGCGGAGGGCGUGGCCUGGCGCCCUCCCCUGGCUUAAAAAGCAACAUGGCCAUAAAAAUAAUUGACAACAGAACGCCUCAGGACUUCCCUAGGGAAAUAGAUGGUUUGAAACUUUUGCACCACCCUUCAAUCAUCAAAACCUCUGAGAUGUUUGAGGUAUCAGGAGGGAAACUGUACACCUUUAUGGAGCUGGGGGUGAAGGGAGACCUCCUGGGCCACAUCAAGAAGACAGAAGCUGUGAAAGAGAACUUUGCUCGUUUUAAGUUCCAGCAGUUGGCUUCCGUCAUUAAGCAAUGCCAUGAUUUUGACUUAGCUAACAGGGACCUGAAACGUGGGAACAUCCUUCCCAGUGAACACUUAAACAUCAAAAUGUCAGACUUGACUUUUCCAAACACUUGUCAGGAUGAAAAUGGAAGAUCUAUUCUCAGCAAAACCUUCUGUGCACACGCAGCCCCUGAAAUGCUGCAGUUCAUUCCUUGUGACCCCAGGACUUCUGACAUCUGGAGCCUGGGUGUCCUUCUGUAUACAAUGGUCUAUGCAUUAAUGCCCUUUAAUGAUUCUAAUGUCAGAAAAAUGACCUGUACUCAGAAACAACACAAGACUGACUUCCAUGCAUCAAAAAACCUGACUAAAGAAUGUGAGGAUCUUAUUUACUACUCGCUUCAGCCUGACACAUCCCAGAGGUUGUCUGUAAAUGAAGUUUUCAGAUACUUGUGGUUCCGGAUUCCAAAAUCCCAAAUCCCUACCCCUUUGCCCACUGCACAAGAGGGUGAGUGUUCCGAAAACCUGCAGAGGACAAGCCUGAGCACGAUCAGCAAGCCGAACUCCCUUCCACAGGAUGGAAAGGUGGGGAGAGAGAAAUGAGAUUCUCUUAAAAAUUGGUCCAGCUUGUGAACUGCUGGAUUUCAACUUCAGCUACUCAGAGCCCUUUCAGAAACAGUCAUCUUUCGCUCUACAAAGUUCAUCUGCUGAGCUGAGUGAACAACACUACCAUUCUUAAAAGACCCAUCUCUUACAUAGUUUGCAAGAACCAAGAGUUAUGGUCAAAAGCACAAGGGAAAGCUUUCUUUCAGGUCACAGUGCUGCGCUCACACUCAAGUUUCUGAUUACACCAGCUGAAGAACACAGUAAGAGCGCAGGUUAUUAGGAAGUGUGAAUUGAUGUCUGGAACUGGAUGCAUUCUUUUUUUGCAACAUAAUAAUUCUUUUGACAAGUUCACCAUACACUGAGGAGCACUGGUUUAAAAUCCACUUGCAUUAAGGAGACGUCCCCUAAAAUUCUGAGUAAUGUCUCAAAUACAUAUGGGUUAGGGGCCUGGAGCAUCUCCUAUACGAGGAAAGGCUGAGAGACCUGAGAGUCUUUGGUCUGGAGAAGGCUGAGAGGGUAUCUCAAAGUGCAGGAGUCAUGUAAAUGGGGGUGGACUCUUUUCAGCAGUGUGCAGCAAUAGAACAAGGUGCAAAGGGGAGACACUGAAAUGCAGCAAGUUCCAUACAAACA